AUGGAUAGGGAUUCUCUUACACUACAAUUAUUUGAUCUAAAUCUAUUUAAACAUAUUUUAAUUGAUGAAGUUCAUUAUGCAGCAAUUGUUAGUUAUAUUUGUAUCUUAAGGCAUUUUUCAGCAUUAAAUUCAGAUAUUAGAAUCAUUGUGAUUGGUAUAUCUGCUACGAUUUUUCGUUUAAAUGGAUUUAAUUAG